AUGUAUACGGCAUCCUCAUCAUCAAUAGAAAAUAUUGGAACUUUUAAUGAAUCGUCAAUGCCUUCAUCUGCAAUUUCGUCAAAAAUAAAUAAUAAUAGAGAUAGUGCAUAUAUAUGUGAUGAAGAAAUAAAAUGUCUCUUUUUUAGAGAAAAAUUUUCCCCGGCAACAUAUAUCGAUAAAUUUGUUAAGAAAAUAUUUGGACAAGAUGCAGCAUUGUUAACAAAAGAAAAUAUUAACAAUUAUAUUAAUGAAAAGGUAACAAUGAAUGUUCUUAAUAGGUUUAUUGAAGGAACCAAUCAAAAAGAGCUUCAAAAGUGUGGUGCAGUAAAAAAAUUAGUGCAAUUAAUUCGUGAAAUGUUUAAAAUUUAUUGGCAAGGCAAGAAUAUUGACCAA